ACUCAUAGCAAACUUUCAUCUUCUGUCAUCUUUCUUGCUGAAUCUUGAAAUUCUGGUAAAGAUGGUCGCCGGAAAGUCGCCAGAGCCUCUUCCGGCCGGCUGGUCCGAGCAUGUUAAAGUUAAAAACGGUCGAAAAGUCAAGUAUUAUACAAAUGCACCGAAUGGGAAAAAGUUUUAUUCCAAAAAGGACGUCAUCUGCUAUAUGAAGAUUAAAGGCAAUUCCCGUGGUCAAAACCAGGCAAUUGCUCAGCGUGAGACCAGGCACUCAGAAAGAAAUAUUAAUUCACAAAGUUCGAAGACUGCAGCGAAUCCAGAUAAAUCUCCUGAAUGGUUACCUCCUGGAUGGAUGGUUGAGGAGAAAACUCGAAUGAGUGGCGCUACCCAUGGUCAAAUUUACAAGUGUUACAUUGACCCAUUCGGAAGGAGAUUCUAUUCAAAGCCUGAAGUUUCUCGGCAUCUCAAAACUAUGAAUUGCAAUGGCCCUAUUGGCGUUGGCGAGGAAAAGAAAAGUAACAUUGAAGAACCCUCUUGCAAUAAAGUUUCUCAAAACGAGAAAGCUGAACCCUCUUGCAAUAAAGUUUCUCAAAAUGAUAAAGCUGAACCCUCUUGCAAUAACUCUUGCAAUAAAGUUUCUCAAAACGAGAAAGCUACCGGUGGCCAGAGUCAUACCUCUAGAAAGCUGAGAUCUGGAAUGGGCAAGCAACCUUCCGAUAUUGGUUCUUCUGUUGUGGUUCAAAGCAAUUUAGUGGAUGGGUUGCCAUCGGGCUGGAUAAAGGAAGUCAAAACUAGAGCAUAUGCACAUGGGGGGAUAAGACGGGAUCCGCAAUAUAUAGACCCUGUCAGUGGAUAUGUAUUUCUUUCCAAGAAGGAUGCUUUUCGCUAUAUAGAAACUGGUGACAUCGAGAAGUGUGCAAUAAGGCCCAAGAAAAGGGACUCGGAUUCAGGAACCAAUGAAGAAUCUGCUUCCCAUUCAGCUGCUGGAAGGAAAGCGGAGCAGUCUUCGACCAAAAGACAAAUUUUUGCUGGUAGAGAAAAUUCUGAACCUACCAAUUUGACAGAACCGCAAGUUGAAAGCAUUAAGAAAAGACUGCGUAGCGCUGGACGUGAUGCCAUUAAUACUCAAGUGGUUGAAGUUAAAACAGAAUGCAAAACCGCAAAUGAAGGUACUGGUCGUGAUGACAUUAAUACUCAAGUGGCUGAAGUUAAAACAGAAUGCAAAACCGCAAAUGAAGGUACUGGAACAAAACCGGGCUCUGAAGCAAGACCAAGUGAUCUAAAUGGAGAGAUUAGCGUUUCGGCUUUUGGCAAUGAUGAAACUGUGUCCACUCCUCAAUCUGGUCUCUUGCAUCAUCAGAAAUUACCGGAAAGCGAGAAGGAUAAACAUAGCGGUACCGCAUCCAUAACUAAGUUGAGAAAAUCCAGAAAGAACAAAGCUGGAAGCAAGAAGGAAAAACAUAGUGGUACAGCAUCCUUAACUAAGUCGAGAAAAUCCAGAAAAAACAAAUCUCUUGGCACACGUGCUCGGUUCUCAAAAAGACUUGCUGGGCACACCCCAGAAGAAGUGGCCAAUUUGGGUCUAGGUGAACGGGUUUUUCGAGCUGCCAUUAGAAACUGUAGUGGAACCAAAGCAAAGACAUCCUCGGUCCAAGUCCCAGUGGAUCCAGCUCAGGAAAUGCAUGCUGUUAGGGAUUCUGUCGGGACUGAAACAUAUGCAUCUUUGGUCCCAGCUCUAAGCAAUCCACCUCAAGAAGUGUGUUCUGCAACGAAUUCUAUUGGAACUGAAGCAAAUGCAUCUUUGGCCCCCCCAAAUCCACCCCGAGAAGUGGAUUCUGGUGUAACUGCAUCUUUGGCACCCCCAGCUCUUAUCAAUCCACCCCGAGAAGUGGAUUCUGGUGUAACUGAAGCAGAUGCAUCUUCGGUUCCAGCCCCAAAUAAUCUCUCAGAUCAAGAAAUGCCUAAGCACAUCGACGAGCCAACAAAGGCAACUGAUACCUGCAUAGGCGAAAAGUCUUGGUGGACAGUAGAGAAAGAGGCUGUUCCAGAGAAUCCGAUAUCAGAACCAGUAACGGAGAAACAAGAUGCCGAUAACCAAACAUUGGAAGAUCCACAACUUCGGUACCCCUUUGGGGACUGCUGGUCAGACCCAUGCCUAGAAUUCGCGUUUAAAACGCUUACAGGGGCAAUACCAGUCGAGGACUGUCUAGCCUACGAGCAAGUCCCCCCGCAGCAAUUCAACCCUUCAUAUGCUCAGUCAUCGGAUGGAUACUUUGAUCUCCCGCUAUUUGAUUCGUACAACUUGUUCCCAAAUGAUUUCCCACCAUCCAAUUCCGGACAACUAGACAAGCACACAUCGCAGGAUCUACCGCCAGCAACUCCUCCGUUCUUGUCCCCCGGGAAUAAUGGCUUACCGAGCUGCAGUGGCGUUGCUUCGCAGCCUCACUUGGAGCCCCGGAAGGACUUUCCUGCAAAGGCUAAAUCUUGACUCGCCCUUCUGAUGACAAGGGCAUGUUAAUGGUGUAAUAGUGUAAGCAAUAAUUCAUAAUAACUAGUUUACUUGUUCAUCUUUUGUUGUUUAACAUGGUGUAGUGACAGGGAUAAAUGUAGUGUAAUACUGGGAUAGUGUCAGUUUCAGGUUGUCUAAAGAUUUAUUAAUUAGGUCGGAAAAAUGGUUGUGAAAGAUUUAGCUUGUUGUCGUGUUGACAGGCGGAUGCUGCUUGUAUAAAACACAGAAAACAUAGUUCCUUGUACUUUUCUUUAGUUUUUACACCCCGCGCUUGCCAUUUUGUUCGUUAAGACUAAUAAAUGUUCAUUUUUAAUAUAUUAA